GACCCAACUGCAUUGGAUAAGCUUCACCCAUUUUACCAGACCAGACAACCUUCGUCAUUUCCACGUCAUCCCCCCAUUCUACCCGUCCACGUGUGCUCAUCCCAGCCGUCAGCUCGGCAAGGGCAAAGCAAUCAGAUAGAACAUCGGACCGGUCAGAGAUGGGUUGAUCAAUCCCCGUCAUGCAAUCGGACGGCGGAUAAUGCCCCGAUGGCAUUUGGGUCGUGCGGAGCCCGAUGCAGGGGAUAAGAUUGCCCGAGCUUCCUUCAUAAAUAUCAAUGCCUCCUCUUUUUUUUUUUUCAUAUUUGUUUAUCUGCAGUGGGCGAAGGUUGAGGAUAAGACUUUCCUUCCCCUUUUAAUUAAUUAUUAAAUUUCAAAUAAAAUAUUCUCCUCUUGUUCUUGUCCUUAAAUUUCCCCAUCAAAAAAAUUUAAGCCAAUCAUCAAUAAUUAUCCUUCGUGAUAUGAUGUCUCCUCUGCACACAUCGGGUGUCUCAGAGAUCUCAUCCAUGGCCAGCGUAACGGUAGUCCGUCCGAUCUUCUUAUCCUGACGAACACAAUUUCUUCAUUUACGCCCGACUCCAAAUUUCUUUAGUUCGUUCUCGGAGUUGCAGAAGUGGAAUUUGCUUUUUCUUUUUUUGGAAUUAUUUUGGGAGGUGGGUUUGGGGAUUUCGAUCGAAAUAUGUCGAUUGCGCUGGAUAGGGGUGGAGAGAGGAGGUUUGAGGGAUCUGGGUACAUGAGAGGAAUGGCGUGCAUGAAUAUGUUUGAGUCGCCGGAGAUCUUGGCCGGAGAACAGAGGGUGCUGGCGAGCGACGUGAGCGGGAAGGUUGAGGAGAGAUCAGGGGAGGAGGGGGGACUGGAGGACUCGUGCAGUUCGUCGUCGUCAAUCGGGAAGAACAGCGAUGAUCUGUGCUCGGAUGGCGAGGAUUCCCGCGAGAGUAUUGAAGUUCAGAGCUCGUAUAAAGGGCCCUUAGAUGCUUUGGAUGCUUUGGAGGAGGUUUUGCCUAUCAGGAGAGGCAUCUCCAGGUUCUACAGUGGCAAAUCGAAAUCCUUCGCAAGCUUAGCAGAAGCAGCUUCAUCUUCUUCCAACAUCAAAGACAUUGCAAAGCCAGAGAAUGCCUACACCAGGAAGCGCAGAAACCUACUUGCAUACAGUCAAGUGUGGGACAAGAACCGAAAUUUCCCACUCAGGAGCAAUGGGGGAGGCAUUUCAAAGAGACCCCUCCAUUCCAGCCGAAGCACACUGGCUCUGGCCGUGGCCAUGAGCAGCUCCGACAGCUCCAACAGCUGCACCACCACCGAUGACUCCAGUCCGAACUCUAACUCUAGCUCGAGGUCGCCCCCGCGGCGCCCGCCCCUCCACCCCCACAUCAAGCCAGCCCUGCUUCAGAACAACUCGUCUCCCUCGUCGCCGAGGGGAAAUUUUACUUCAUGGAGAUCCUUCUCCUUGGCUGAUCUGCAGCAAUGUGCCGCCGCCGCAGCUGUUUCCAAUACAUCUCCUUCGCCCGUUGGUGACACAGCCGACCAUAGUAAGAGGCUAACUUGAACAAAACUGAUGGUGGGCUUUCAUGGUGAUUUGAUCAUCAGAUGGUUAGGGCUAGCUCUCCUGGUGGUGCCAAGUUUCAUGAUCAGGCAUCAGCCCAGGAAUAAGUUUGCCACACCACUAAUCUAAACCUCACCUUGUGUUUUUUAUUUUUUUUAAGUAAUUUUUGUACGUUGUCAAUGACAAAGUUCUGUGUUUUCAGAAAGCAGUUGUGAGUUGUGGGUGCUUUGUGAUGGCACCGGCGAAGAGGAGUUUGGUGGUGGAAAAGGGAAAGUAGUACGAGGUUUAUACUACUUUCCUUAAAAAAAAAGAAAAAAGAAAAAAGAAAAAAAAGCAGAGAUGGUUUUGUAGAUAGCUUUCUUAUGGGCAUCUGAUAAUCUAAUAAGAAAUCAACCAUUCGAUCUCCUCCUA